UAUAAACUUGGAUGUUUCCUAGCAGUGGGAAACCUCGCCGACCGUAAACGAUGCCAAAAGUAAAUGAAGAGGACAAAUGCACCAUCGCAUUAACAGAACAUUUGGCGGAUUUUCGUUCAUGUUGAGCGCGCUGUAACAUCUGCGAGACACCAGCGUAAAACUUACGGGCUUUGGGAUCAACAGAUCGGGAGCAUUGAAGCUGGACUCGGUGUGUUUGCGUUCAACUUGCAUGCGUGGAUAAAAUAUUCCCUGCAUAGACCAAUAAGACACACUUGUGCUUAACGAAAGAAGGCGAACAUUUCUUGUAAGAUGAACUGGUUGUUGUUUUUGCUUCUCUGUGCUGCCGGCGUGUUGUCGUCUGCCACCCAGAUGGCCACUAUCUACCCUCAGGACCCUGCCCUUCCCAUUGGUUCUAGCCUGACGGCAACAUGCUCUGUGAAUCUGGAUCACGGCAUGCAUGCGGGCUCACUCUACUGGACUCUGAACGGGAAACGUCUUCCCAGCAGCACAUACAGCAUUUUGAGCCCCACCGUGCUCAGCGUAACGCUGCCACGGCUUUCCGGGUCUCGCCAGCGCUCGGGAGACAACCUCAUGUGCCAUAACAGCGGGGGUCAUGUGCUGGCCGGCUCCUGUAUCUACGUUGGCAUGCCUCCUGAGAAGCCUGUGAACCUUACCUGCUGGUCCAGGAACACCAAAGACCUCACCUGUAAAUGGGCCCCUGGGGGCCAGGGGGAAACUUUCAUCAAAACCAAAUACACGCUCAAAUAUAAGCUCAGGUGGUACGGGCGAGAAAAAGAGUGUGAGGAAUACACCAUUGGUGAUCCAUACACAUGCUACAUCCCUCGCGACCUCGCCCUGUUCACACCUUAUGAGAUAUGGGUGGAGGCGUCCAACCAACUCGGAAAAGCCACCUCUGACAUCAUAUACCUGGAUAUCUUAGACGUGGUUACAACCGACCCACCAACAGACGUAACUCUGAGCCGAGUGGGUGACUUGGAGGACCAGCUGACUGUGCGCUGGGGGACUCCUCCUGCUUUAAGAGACUUCCUGUUUCAAGCCAAAUACCAGAUCAGAUACAGACUGGAGGAAAGCAGCGACUGGAAGGUGGUGGAUGACGUCGGGAAUCAGACCUCUUGCAGGUUGGCGGGGUUGAGGCCAGGCACAGUGUACUUCGUGCAGGUACGCUGUAACCCCGUUGGGAUCCUUGGGUCUAGGAAGGCUGGCAUUUGGAGCGAAUGGAGUCACCCAACGGCUGCCUCAACACCACACAGUGAGCGGCUGAUGACGGGGUCAUGUGACUCGAAGGCGGGGCAGCAGAACUCGACUCUGCGGCGGGACCUGAAGCAGUUCUUCGGAUGGGUGCGCAAACACGCUUACGGCUGCAGCGGUAUGAGUAUCAAACUUUACGACCAGUGGCGGGUCUGGCUGCAGAAAUCUCACAAAACCCGCAACCAGGUAGGUUCUUCAAGGAGAUAAAUCAUAGCACGUCGCUCCUGGCAGGCCGAACGUUUAACAACAACAGUACACUGUGGAAGAAUUCACAUUUUCCAGACUGCUGCUUGGCUCUGUGCAAGAAAGUUCAAGUUCAGAUGGACUCAAAAUGGAACCUUCAAACAACAAAGAGUAACAGGCGUUUGGGACUUGGGACACAGCUUAAAUUGUGCAGUUUUGUAAAAUGCCUCACAAUACAGGAAAACAAACUGUUCAACGUUUUUGAUAAUCGCCACUGAGGCCACGUGGAUUGUAUCUUCACAGCUGUUGUCAGAGGAAAGACGAGUCUUUUGAUAGCAGCGGGGAGCGAAUAAUUACAGGUUAUAAUUUGCACAUUUACACUGAGGAUGAUCAUGCACAAGCCAUGCUUAGCCAACGUGAUGCGUGCUCAAUACGUGGGCCCGUGCCAUUUUCUUUAUUUCUCUCAACUGCUAACUUUAGCCGACCUGUAUGUUCAAGAAAGGUUCCUUAUGGACAAAUGAAAAAUGUCUGAAUUUCACAUAGAAAGACAACUGGAAAAAUAGGAAGGUUCUUUAACACCAAGCUUGAUCAAAGGUCAGCAGUUUACAUUACAAAUCCCACAGGUAUACCUCACAGAACAUAUAUUGCCAAAUUUCAGUCUACGUAUAUUGCCUUGCAGUAAUCUGUACAUACCAUAUCAGUCGCUAAAACACAUGCUUAAGCAAGCAGUACCGAACAAAUCGAUACUUGGAACUACGAGUGGGACCUUUUUUAAAAGUUCUGCUGCGUUUUAAACAGUUUUUUAACACUACAUUCUGGAUCCACAAAGUUACCACAUUGAAACCGCCUCAGUAAUGGAAAGUUAUGGCCAACAAAUGUUCUCUAUUGUGAUUAUAUGUGUUGCAGUUGAAAUGUAAAACUGUAACCGUGUUUGUAGCAUUGAACUGUUUGGGAAAAAAUAUGUAUUGAGACAUUUUACUGCUUUUAUUUUUGUACUGAAUUGUAUCCACAUAUUUAAAUGUAAAGUUAUGUUUUGACUCUUAAGUUAUGUGUAGGUAGAUUAUAUUAUUAUUGACUGAAUUGUUAAACUGUUAUAUUGUUCAUAAAAUCCUUCUUUAAAGAAAGCUUAUGAAGAUGGUCCUUUAUAAGCAGAAAGUCUCGUAAACCCAGAAAACUACUUUCAGAAAACAAUAUGAAAAAAACGGAAAUGUGCAAAGAUCGCAAUUGCACAAAACACAAAAGUGUUUUGCCAGAUAGAGCAAAAGUAUGAUUCUCUACAGAGAAGAUGAUUAAUGUGUGUAUGAACAGUUGUCUGGUUAAAUUAGCGUUCUUGCUCUGGCCUCUUCCACGGUCAGUAUUUCACACUUUUCCCUGAGUGACACCCACAAAGAAAAUAAAAAUGCUUUAGGCUAUUGGGCUUAAAGACCUCCACAUUUUAGUCUUGUGAUUUCAGCAGUGUCUUGUGUGACUCCGAUCUGCCAAGUCAAAUAGUAAAA